AUGAACAGUACGUACAGCGCCGUGUACAUUUACAUGUAUACGUGUUCGCUGGUUCAGCGGUUGCGAUCUUGAGCAGUGUACUAAUGCCCGGCGACUGAGCAUUGUCGAAUGUCAUCGAGUGACUCCAACCUCAAUUACCUGUGAUAAACCUAGCUGCCCGUCAAUUUCUCGGAGUGUCUUGAGCCUUUCUUCAAGUUGAUUUACAUUUGAUACCAUGAUGCAGAAGCAAAUUGCAAGUGUGGUCUGAUCAUCAUUACCAUGAACCCAACUGGUCAGCCUGCUGUAGUGAUGAGCUCCAGCGCCGGGGAAAUUCAGCCCAGCGCGCCUCGUAAGAAAGUGCCCGGACUGAAGGGAUUUUCAGUGGUCCACAUCGUGCUGGCGGUUCUGAGUAUCAUCUUUGGGAUCCUUGCCGUAGUAUUUGAAUGCAAUUUUUCUUACGCUGGAUGGGGAAUCUGGAGUGGAAUUUUGUUUUUCCUCGUGACUGGCAUUCUGGGCUUGGCUACACGGAAACAAAACAGCAAAAGAGGCCUGGUCAUAGCCUUCAUGGUGAUGUCGAUACUAUCCUCGAUUGUGGCCUUCCAGCUGAUGGUUGCUUCUGUUAUUGCCGCCCCUGUAGAGUUCUAUUACUACUGUCACCCGUACCCGCGUGGCCUCGAUUACAACUAUUAUUGUGGUUUCCACAUGACACUGCGUCAGGCCAUCGAUGCGUUGUUGGGAAUAGUAGGCCUGGCUGAGUUGACCAUCAGCGUUGUGACUGCCUCUCUGUCCUGCUAUGGCGUAUGCCAAUGUUGCAAUCCCUACACUCCUGUCAUGGUUCAGUACGUUCCCCAGCAAACCCAUGUACAGUUUAUGCCCAUGUCGACCAUGGAAGCGCCCAUGUCGGCCAUGCAAGGACCGCAACAUCAGCAGGCUGGUAUCCAGUUGGCCACAACGAUGAACACUCAGCAGCAACCACAGCAGCAACCAUUGCAGAUGCAAGCAGCCAUGCAAGGAGCCCCGUACGUGACCAAUUACAGCGCAACCCCGACCCAGGAGAUGACAACCUCCCCCCAGGAGGUUGGAGGAGGACCUGUCGCAGUCGGGCUGCCUCACGACGACAAAGAGGGCCUUCUUCAUUGAGCUUAAAACUUGAUCAGGCAAAAUGGCAUGUAACGAUGACAUUAAAGCCUAAAUCCGUGGGGACUAUUUGAGCAGUCAAGAAUCCACUAUUGCGCCCGAUACGACUAACUGCUGUUGUUGAUAAACAAAGUUCAAAGCUUGCCGGGAAUAUUUUAUAUAAAACGAACGUUGAUAAAUACGAUUUAUUUGAUAACGUGUUGAAGCGAACGUUUUUUUAAUAGAAUGACUACAAAUUGGGUAGUUAAUUAAAUAUGAUCCUUUCAAAAGUAACCGUUAUCAAUAGAAAACAGACGAAGGAAAUGAGAAAAUGCUCACUCUGGGAUUCAAUCCACAAACAUUCUGAAUCAUUGCUCUAAUCAUUUCCGUUAAUAUCCACAACGCACCAUUAACCAGACCGAUCAAUCUCCUUUUUCCCCGCCUUGUGGGCCAACGAUCCAAAUAAUGAUGGUGCAGCUGUUACAUAAUUAAGUAUUUUUUCAAGAUGUAAGUCAAUAUUGUAGUGUAUUUCCACCAUGCUUUAAACGGUGACAUUUUACUUUCAAAGUCUGGUGUGGGUAGUCAGCUCAGGUGCUCAAGUGUGCGCUAUUGAAACAUUUCUUUGAAUCCACAUGCUGAAAAAUUGGAUCCAUUUAUGCUGAAAAAUUGUUUGUAACGCUUUUGUUAUUUGCUUUUGACAUUUUAGGCUGCACAUCGUUCUAUGGCCUGUUUGUUUCGCACGGAUCCAGAUUGUGAUCAGUGAUCCGUCAUUGGCUCACUGACUCCAGAAACCGGCUUAUGGAUAGCGCAAACCAGUUUUAAGAUCACUGAUCACGAUCCAGGUCUGUUUGAAACAACCAGGCCCUUAGUCGCAAAGCAUGUAAAUGAUAAAUUUAGAAGAGAGAACUUUGAUUUCGGCUUAUGAUGCACACUGUGUAUUUUUGUUAAGGUCACUGCUCAUGUGUUAGACAUUUUACACAUUUGUAAUUAUAGAUUGAGAAGUUUACUCAUACAGCCUGAUUUUUAAUAGUUUCCACUCUUACUAAACCCUGUACAUGGGGAAUCAAUUCAAUGAUUGUCAUUAUCACUUAAAUUAUGAUUAUUGGACUGUUUUUAAAUAAAUGUAAUGGCUCCAGAAGUUUGGAUCUUGGGUAACGAGAGAAAAUUAUAAGGCGUUUAAAAGAUAGAAUCGAAAUGUAAUUUGAACUAUGCUAAGGAUCGAUUUUUAACUAUGAGGAAAAUGCUGAGAACGACAUUGAGUCCGUUUUUUCUCUCAUGGGCUUUCUUUGACGGGAAGUUUUGAAAAAAGACAACCGAAUUAACGUAAAACCAAAGAAUUACUAGAACAGGAGCUGGAUAUUGCGGUGUGUUAUGAACCGUGAACCUUCUCUCUUUUAUAAACUCGUGCACAAGUGA